AGCAUUUUUUUUCAUUUCGUUUUUUUUGUGUUUAGUAAAUAUGGCGCUGGUGCUUAAACAACUGUAUGAAGGCUAUUUUUGGUUAUUCAACGAGGUUGCUGAUCAGAGGAGCAACGAGUACUUCUUGGGAGGAUCACCUCUGGGUAUACUGACCAUAGUCGCCUUAUGGUACCAGUUUGUUUUCAACUGGGGUCCGAAAUUUAUGGAAAAGAGGCCGCCGUACGACUUAAAAACCGCAAUAAUUGUGUUCAACGUUUUCCAAGUGAUUGUUAACGGAUAUAUCGUAUUUGAAGGAUUUAGAUUAAUAAAAACAAUCGAUUGGCGAUGUGAACCGAUCGACUACGAUGACAACCCGAGAAGUAGAUUUAUAUUGAAUAUGGUUUACCUUUACUUCUUAACCAAAGUAGCAGAUCUUUUAGACACUGUAUUUUUUGUUUUAAAGAAAAACUCGAGGCAAGUCACUUUUCUGCACACGUACCAUCACUCUGGGAUGGCCCUCACGAUUUGGCUGGGAUUUAAAUUCGUUGGCGGCGGCCAUUCGGUCUUUUUGGGGUUCGUGAACGCGAUCGUUCACACAGUCAUGUAUCUUUAUUAUCUCUUAUCUGCAUACGACGAAAAAUACAAACACGUUUUGUGGAUCAAGAAAUUCGUCACUCAAAUACAAUUGAUUCAGUUUAUUUUCCUCCUGUUUAUAUACGGUCAGACGCUGUUCAUGAAAGACUGCAAAUUUCCAAAAAUCGUCGCCUACUUCUUCGUUCCGCAAAACUUUUUCAUGAUUGCUUUGUUUGCGGAUUUCUACUACAAGAGCUACAUCCGACCACGAAGGACUUUUAAAGGCGAAAAAUACAACAGUUCAUGGGAAAAACAAGAACAGAUGGCGUCUCUAAUGCACUCGGUAGUGGACAAUUACCAUGAACUUCUAGAAAUUAAAAACGAUCCGUUGGUGAAUUCGUGGCUUUUCAUGCAAUCGCCGGCGCCAGUCGUCACCAUACUAGUCGCCUACCUCUAUUUCGUAUUAAUAUUAGGACCUAAGUUGAUGAAAAAUAGAAAGGCUUGGGAUUUGAAACGCGCCAUGGUGGUAUACAACGCGUACCAAGUGCUCUUCAGUGUGUGGUUGUGUAGCCACGCUUUGCACGUAAAAAAUGCUAUUCCUCACCUACUAAAUCACACUUGCAAAAACCCUUCGCCUAACAAGGAAUUUCAACAGGCCCUAGCUAGAGGAGCUUGGUGGUAUUUCUUCUCAAAGAUUGUGGAACUUCUGGACACGGUCUUCUUUGUUCUGAGAAAGAAACAGUCUCAAGUGACAUUUCUGCACGUGUAUCAUCAUGCAAUUACUAUGUUCUUUUCAUGGGCGUAUUUAAAGUUUUUGCCUGGAGAACAGGGCGUUGUAAUAGGUUUCCUAAACUCAUUGGUUCACGUCGUUAUGUACUUUUACUACUUCCUAGCUGCCCUGGGACCCAAUUAUCAAAAAUACCUUUGGUGGAAAAAAUACAUGACUUGGAUCCAGUUGACGCAAUUCUGCAUCAUGUUGGCCUACUUGACGUUCAUCAUUGCUAUGGAUUGCAAGCUGCCUAGAGCAUUGACAUUUUUCUUUUUGACGAACGUGGUCAUUUUUCUGUACCUGUUUACCGAUUUCUACAGAAAAGCGUAUCGGAAACCGAACCCACAACAAUCGAAUUCUGGAACAAGUGUUUCGCAAAUAAUGGAGAACGCGGAAGGGGCAUCCUGUAGCGGAACGGCGUCCUAUAAAGCGACAGAUGCGUCGAAAGUCAAAUUUAGCUAAGACAACAUGUAUGACACGCUUUAAACUCUGCCAGGUUGUAAAAUACUGUACAUAAAGUAACGCUGUUUAAACAUUUGUAGUUAGCGUUGUAAUUAUGACAUGUGAUUCGCGCAAAAGUGAAAUUAAAAGUUAAGCAGAUAGUUUUGUUCGAUGAACAUAAUUUUUACACAUUGUUGCUAGGAUUUAUAUGCAAGUACAUUAUCCGACAGAUAACUUUAGUUUUCGUUCAUAUAUUUCAUUACCAGAGGAUUUUUUGACUCCCCACCCCCUUGAGAUGUAUACAAUUAACUUCAGCUUCCCAAUUACGUCUCUCGUAAAAAACGACACUGGAGCCGAAAAAUCUAUCCCUUUCGAUUCUAUCAAGCCCGGCGAAAAAGGAGAAAAAAAUAAACACACAUUAUUUUAUAUAGUGUUUGUUCAUGUAUUUUUAUUAUAACCUAAUUAUAAAUUUCAUUUUAGAAAAUGAGGAUGUUCCAAUUUUUUCAACUGUUUUACACAUAAAACUACUACCGGUAAUAGAGGAACUUAUAAAGCAGCUAUGAGAAAUGUUUUGAGAGUGACCAUUUAAAUAUAACAUGCGCAAGUUAAAAUC